CCACAGAACUUUGAGGUGAAAGCUGAUGACCUGGAGCCCAUCUCCGAGCUGGGACGAGGUGCGUACGGGGUGGUGGAGAAGAUGCGGCACAUGCCCAGCGGGCAGAUCAUGGCAGUGAAGCGGAUCCGAGCCACGGUGAACAGCCAGGAGCAGAAGAGGUUAUUGAUGGAUCUGGAUAUCUCCAUGAGGACAGUAGAUUGCCCCUUCACUGUCACCUUUUAUGGGGCACUUUUCCGAGAGGGAGAUGUGUGGAUUUGUAUGGAACUGAUGGAUACCUCACUGGACAAGUUCUACAAACACGUCAUUGACAAAGGCCUGACGAUUCCUGAGGACAUCUUAGGAAAAAUAGCUGUCUCUAUUGUCAAAGCACUAGAACAUCUACACAGUAAGCUCUCCGUGAUCCACAGAGAUGUAAAGCCCUCUAACGUGUUGAUCAAUACGCAGGGGCAGGUGAAAAUGUGCGAUUUUGGCAUUAGCGGCUACCUCGUCGACUCGGUUGCUAAAACCAUGGAUGCAGGAUGCAAACCCUACAUGGCUCCUGAAAGAAUUAACCCAGAGCUGAACCAGAAGGGGUACAGUGUCAAAUCUGAUAUCUGGAGCCUGGGGAUCACAAUGAUCGAGCUGGCCAUCCUGCGCUUUCCCUAUGACUCCUGGGGGACACCCUUCCAGCAGCUCAAGCAGGUGGUGGAGGAACCAUCGCCACAGCUCCCAGCGGAGAAGUUCUCAGCAGAAUUCGUUGAUUUUACCUCGCAAUGCUUGAAGAAGAAUUCCAAAGAACGGCCAACGUACCCAGAGCUUAUGCAACAUCCUUUCUUCACCCUGCACGAAUCCAAAGAGACAGACGUCGCCUCUUUUGUCAAACUCAUCCUGGGAGACUGA